CAAAGGUCCAAGUCGGCGGAUGGGCAUCCGCGGGCUGACGUCGUACGUGGCGGCGCGCCAAGACGAGUGCGCCACGGAAGUAGAGGAUCUGACAAAUGUGACGCUCGGCGUUGACUUGGACUCGUUUUUGCACUUUGCAUGCCGAGAGCUUGUGCACACAAUCGAUGCGCACUGGUUACUCCUUGGUGGAGACGCCCGCGCGUUGUACGUGUGGGUGCGCGCGUGGAUGCGACCUCUGUUUGAACGAAAGAUCCGCCUCAAGUUUGUGCGCGACCCACCAGGGAUGCUCAAUACGAUCAAGGACGUCGCUCGCGGCCGGCGGAGAAGCGAAAAAAUGGAGAAGUCCAAGAGCGUAGUGCAGGGACUGUACGCACCGCCCACACCAUUGUCUCCACAAGGAAUCGACGAGGUUUCACCGCUAGCGCCCACAGUGCCUUUGGAUCUCGUCCAGUUGACCGAGGAAGCUGCGACCAUCCUCAUGGAAACCCAGGCGGUGUUUGCGUUUGCGCGCAAAGCAUUGGUCACGUGUCUACAACACGCUGGUUGCUCCAUCGUAACGGCGCCUAUCGAAGCAGAUGAAACCCUCGGCGAACUGGUGCGGUCCAAGACCAUCUUCGCCGCCGUCGCGCACGAUUCGGACUACUUGAUCAUGCACAAAGUGCGGUACAUUCCGUUUUCGUCGAUCCAGGUGGAUCCGACGUCCGGGUUUGUCCGGGCUACGGUCUUUGACUCGGACAAAUUGGCUGCAGUGUCCGGGUUAGCGCCCGAAAAGCUCGUGGAGUGGGCGAUUGUGUGCGGAAACGAUUUUACGCCGUACGUGGACGUGCAUUUCAACCUCGCAAAGGCGUUGCAUUUGCCUGCGCUGCGGCAGUCGCAAGGCAGCUACGACGUCGCCGACGCCCUCGUGUGGUUGCAAGAGCACUUGGGCACGUCCAACUGGCUGGACGACCCUGAGUUCAAGGAGCUUUUGACCCACGACAACGAUCUGCUCACGCACGUGUACGGGAUUUACUGCUUCUACGGGGUUGGUGGCGCCGUGAAGAAGCGGUUUCCGACAGCUGUGCGGCACGCUGUCCUAUCAACCGUGGAGUGGAAGCGCGCCCGGAAGCUGCUCGACAAGGCGAUGCUGCCGUCAUUUGCGAUCGACGUGAUGUUUGAUCAACGUCGGUCGCUCAGUCAUCGGUGGAUGUUUGGUGACCUCACGUGGUGCCCGUUGCUGGCCGCGGCGCGCCAGGGCACAUAUGGCCUCCUCAGACAAACCAACGUCGAAGAAUACGUGACAUGUGUGUUAACGGGCAACCUCAUCACACGACUUGUGACAGCCACCCCCAGCGACGUGGGUUUCGACACAAAGCAUGCGAAAUCCAUUCGAGUCGACCAUUUCCAGGCCAUGGUACUGUCGUGGGUCGCCGUGGCACCGACCGUGCACACCGCGCUGGCGACCUGGAAACCCCCAAAGAAGCAGGUCGAAUUGAAAUUUGUCGGGUAUGCGUUGGGCAUGGUACUGGCAGCAUCGGAUACAUUGAGCUACAACACGUGGACAACUCUCUUGCUGACGUCCGUCGUCAGCAUUUGUAUCCAAAAGGAAUCGAGCCCUAGCAUCGCAUUUGUCCCGCCCGCGGGGCUGUCGCGGGAGGUCGUGGAGACGGCGUGCCGGUACUUGUCGUCGUUGGAGACGCUCUUUCACGUGUGCGACAUCCUAAAGCUGCAUACGGACGUCAAUUGCCAUGCGUUUUACUCUGCGUCGUUGUUUGCGUACUUUUUGAAGACCUCUCUCGUGUCCAAGACAACCGUGCAACGCAUGGUGGCGGAUCCAGCUCUAGCUUUGACGGAAGAGCAGGUACAGGCGUGCAUGUGGAGCUUCCACACGCUGGUGGAUUUGUUUGCCAAGGCGUUGCCGCCCACGACUGCCUCAUCGUCGCUGUCGCCAUCGAUGGAGUUGCAGACGGACAUCAACGGGAGUGUUGAGGGGACGCGUGAUUUGUUAACGCCGGCCGUGAUAUUACUCAAGAAUCCUACAAUGGCCAAGAAAGGUGCCAAGAAGUUUGUUAAAAAGGCAUCCCGUUCCACCGUUGCAUUCCCGACAGAAAAGUUGCGUAAACCCACGGCCAUCAACGCUACCGACUCGGACGGCAAUUUGCAUCCGUUCGAAUGGGCAGUCGAUGUGAGCCAAACACCGACCGAAAACGUGGCCCCGGCCCCAAAAGAUCUCAAACAAUUGAUCUUUUCGUUGCCAGUGUUCAAGCACAAAGAAGAGAUUCUCGACCACGUAGCGACGAACCCGCUGGUUGUGAUUCAAGGGGAAACUGGUUGUGGGAAAAGUACGUCGGUGCCGCAAUUUUUGCUGGACGCGAACGCCGAGACAGCCAAUAUUUACGUGACGCAGCCGCGGCGCGUCGCGGCCCUGACCCUGGCGGCCACCGUGGCGAGAAUGCGGGGCGAGACGGUUGGCUCUACGAUCGGAUACCGUGUGGGCCAAAUGCAACACGACUCGGACAAGACUCAAAUUACUUAUGUGACGACGGGGUACAUGCUGGAGCGAUUGAUUCACAACCCCGACAGCGUGAAGGGCGUGACACAUUUGAUUUUGGACGAAGCGCAUGAGCGCAGCAUGGACAUGGAUAUGCUGCUCUUGAUGGUUGCAACAAAUUGGCGGUUGUUUCCAGCCCUGAAACUCGUCAUUAUGUCGGCGACGAUGGAUGCAUCUAUCUUUUUCAAGUAUUUCAAACCGGUGCUGCCCGUCCCAAUGCAGCACAGCGACGAAUUGUUUGUCGGGUCGGCUCUCCACCCUGUCAAAACCGUCUUUCUUGAAGACAUGAAGCGCAUUCCUGGCCUCAAAGUUGGCAAACUGGCCGAAGCGCUCAACUCUUGGGACAAGUCGAUGAUGAACGAUGUGGAAAUGAUGACCAAACAACUGCAGAAGGUGGUGACGGCGCAAUUGGAUUUGUGUGUCCAAGUGGCUCACACGAUUGUGAAAUCCCAAGGCGGCUCGGGCUGCAUAUUGAUUUUUGUGUCGGGGCUGGCCGACAUUCAGUACCUCCACGAGAAAUUUGAGUCGUGGCCCAUGAUUCAGCUCUUUGUGCUGCACAGCGACAUCGAAAUGGACGACCAGGCCAAGGCGUUUAAGGACGUCCAAGGCAAGAUGAAAAUCAUCCUGUCGACGAACAUCGCCGAAAGCAGUGUGACGAUUCCCGAUGUCACGCACAUCGUGAACACGGCGCUGGAAAAGCAAAUUUUGAUGGACAAGACGACCAAGUCGGAGGUUCUCGUGCGGAUGUGGUGCUCGAAGGCGUCGGUAAAGCAGCGCUCGGGUCGCGCCGGACGUAUCCGCCCCGGCGUGGCGUUCCAUUUGUUCACCAAGCGCUUUAUGGAAACGUGCAUGGACGAAUACACGACCCCUGAGCUCCUGCGCAAGCCGCUGGACAAGGUCGUGCUCCAAAUGAAAGCGCAGAUGCAGCACAUCGGCACGCCAUCGGAGCUGCUUGCCCAGGCCGUGACUCCACCAGACGUGGCGAAUAUCGACAUGGCGUACAAGAUGCUGCACACGUUUUCCGCCGUGACAUCGCCCCGCGAAGAGGACAGUAUUACGUCGUUCGGACUCUUCUCUGUGCAUUUCCCCCUGGACAUUCGUCUCUGUCGCUUGCUCAUGUACGGCUUGACGGCGUGGGAAUGGGGCGUCGGGGUGGUGGAAGUCGUCCUCCUUGUUGCGGUGCUUGCGUCACCGGACCUACACCUCGCUCCGUCUCGCUUCCACAUUGCGUCGUCGGAAAUGUACAUGCACGAGAUGAAAGCAGUCUUGGCGGCGAAGUUGGAGCUCCAAGAAGGCGACGUGCGCAGCGAACCGCUGGCUAUCUGGAAACUCAUGGUCCAGUGCCUCGCGUGUACGAACAAGGGCCAAGUGGUCGGACUUCUUAAAAAGUUCGCCAUCUCGUUUCGCCGAUUCCAAACGACGCUGGUGCUUGUGGGGGAGUUAUGUGUGCGGUUGAUUCGGUUGGCAAAAAAGCCCCCCUACCGCGGCUUGCGUGCCUUACAACCCUCCAUGGUGGCCCAUCUCGAGCGCCUUCAAAAGUUUAGCGGACGUAUGUACUCGUCCGAGCCUUGGACGUAUGCCCACGCUCCGCUCCCGAUGCUACGAUUUUUGCUUGUACUCAACUACCACGACUGCCUCGCGCGAGGACGCUUGCCAGAGAAAAAAGGGAAAGGGGCCAAGGGAGGCAAGGCAAAAAAGGAGAAAAUCCAAGGUCCAUUGAGUGCGCAACUUGCGAUUAAGGUCGAUACCACGUGCCAGUGGGGACUGAAAAUUCCCCCGGAACACUUCAAAUACCUCGUGGAGCCGCUCACACUGGAGCCUGAAGUCCACCACGUGUCGAAGAAUCCGAAAGGAUUUGAUCUGAAGGUUUCGCCUGGGUCGACGCCGUUUCCAUUCAGCGUCUCACUGCUCUUUUUCCUUCGCGAAGGCCGCUUCCCCGUGGAUUUACCCGUGUUGCCGCUGUGGUUACCGGCGCCGGGCGACCCCGAUGCCCUCCGCAUCCGCUUUAACGACUUGAAUGUCGGUGGACUCAUUCGAUGGCAGCAAACCCCAAGUGAAAAGAACUUGAUCGUGAGCGGACGCAGUGUGUUUGCCUUGCCGCAAUUGAAGCUGGACAAAAAGAUGAUUGUCGGCGUUUUUGCCGAGCAGUUGCUCACGGGCGAUGGGUCGACCCUCAUGGGAGGAUGCUGCACACUCUUGCCGCCACACGUGGACUCGUACUAUCCAGUUGUGAUGCUGAUCACGACCAAAUGCGAUGUGUGGCUUUACAUGGACGGCAGCCGCAAAUUCUGGACGCAAGCCAAGAUCGAUGGGGUGAAUUACGUGAUUGAGGAGAGUCGCUGUGUGCCAUUGCAGCCGACGUUGAAGAUCAUCAACACGGUGCGCACCGAGCUGUCGCGGGGCCUCGUCGACGCGCUGCUGACCACCGACAACAAGAAAGACGAUGCGACGAUCACAAGCUCGGACAUGGAUGCCCUUUUUGAGACGCGCCACAAGAAACUCAACGGCAUGAAGUGGGUUCGCGUGACGCUUGACGUGACCAACGACGUCCCAUUCCCCCCGUUUGAUGUGGAAUGAUGUGGGCUUACCACACGAAGGGUGCGUGCGAAGCUGGCGCUGUCGUCGGCACAUGCCGCUCUUCGAUUCCAACUUUGACAAAGUCGUGUACGAUAAUCGAACGGUCAAUGGAAUAGGCUCGAGUCGUACUCUCGAUGCACUGGGUUGUGAAAAGUGUUGAGAGAUCGAUGGAUGUGCCCCUCAACCGACCACUCGCUGCCAAAAGUCGUGCGAUAAUUGCUCGUAAUGCGAUCUUUGAGCAGACCAAC